AUGGACGACAAUACGGUUCGAAAUUUCAUGUCCACCGCCGAACUGAUUUCAGCCACGCUCGAUGUUGCCCCAGAGAGCUGGAGGGAUCACCUGCAGGCCAUCAGGAACAUUACCUCCUCGCUAGAGCUAUUGCACACGAAUCCCGAUGAACAAGAAAGACAAUGGCAGCUGCCGCUUGUCGCCAUGUUCCAGCGCGUAGCUUAUGCAGAUGCCGACAAUGGCGGUGUUCCAGAUAUCGCAAACUGGUGCUUGAGGCAGACAUUGACGCUCCUUCAAGUCUACCCAGAGGACGUGGAUCUUCUUGCUCUUGUGGGACGCAAUUGGCUCAUGCGAGCCCAGAGGUCUCUUGCGAGGAUUCAUCAGGCGGAAGGAAACGGUUCGAGCAGCGGGGCAAGUCAAGGACCCCAGCUAUCUUCAAGUGAAGAGCAACGACAGGCCACCAGCGCAACACUAGAAGCGGAAGACCGACUCCAUCUGCCGGAUUACGUGGAAGCAAGGGGUAUCCUGCUGCCGGCAGUUGAGUACCUCAAAUACGCAGUAGAUGCGGCUCGGGCUCAAGGAAAGCUAACAGGAUCUCUGCUCUCUACGGCUGCAGAGGCAUACAUGAGCCUGGGAAACGUGUCUUCUACACGAAUCAAUGAACAGUACUUCCACGAAGCCCUCGUGUGCCUGCGGCGAGCGAACGAGAUUCCGGAGUACCGCCUUUCACCCCACUUGCAACAGUAA